GUUAUUUAUUUUAUAUCGCAAUGGACGCUUUGGCUGGCGAUGUGAAACAUCGGUCUCACAAGCGUAGCAACUCUCGUAUAAAGGAGGCUAAGAAGAAGAAGAAGGACCUUGAGCGCAAGGGCAUUACUGAGCCUCAGAAACGUCACAAUCCUAAGGCCUUUAGUUUUAGUGGUGGUCGCAAUGCAGUUCACCGUCGUGUUCAACAUGCUUGUGACGUUGCUGAGCGUCGUCUUCGGCGUCCUCGUAUAUUCAAGUCUGCUGAGGUACCACCACCUUUUGUUGUGGUAGUUCAGGGUCCUUCUGGCGUUGGCAAGUCAACUUUAAUCCAAUCUCUUUGUAAGCACUAUUCUAAGCGCAAUGUGGGUGACAUUAAGGGUCCCAUUACAUUGGUGUCUUCCAGUACUCGUCGUCUUACGCUUAUAGAAUGUGGCAGUUCUGUUGUUGACAUGCUAGACUGCUGCAAGAUUGCCGAUCUAGUGCUGGUAAUGAUCGAUGGCAGUGUUGGCUACGAGAUGGAGACGUUGGAGUUCUUGAACAUUAUGCAGACUCACGGUUUUCCUCGUGUUUGUGCUGUGGUCAAUCACCUUGAGGGAUUCCCUGAUAAUAGUACUUUGCGUAAGGUUAAGAAACGCCUUAAGAAUCGAUUUUGGUCUGAGAUAUAUGACGGUGCUAAGAUGGUAUAUCUUAGUGGUUUGAAGUACGGUCGUUACAAGAGUAACGACAUCCUUAACCUAGCUCGUGCUAUUGCAUCGCAGAAGCCUACCAACAUUUCAUGGCGUCAAACUCACUUUUACUGUGUGAGUCUUCGUCAUGAGUUACUAUCCUCUGUUACUGAUGACUCUGGGUCAAGUGUUAAAGCUGCUUUCUACGGUUAUGUAUAUGGUUCUCGAAUAGUUAACAAUCAGGCCAUUCACAUUCCUGGUAUUGGUGACUUCAUCCCUGAUUCUAUAACUAAUAUGCAAGAUCCAUGUCCUGUCCAGACAGAGGGCCGUACAUUGAAGGACAAGAAUCGCAACAUAUACGCUCCCGAGUGUGAGGUUGGCAACAUCAUGGUUGACGAUGACGCCAUGUACAUUGAGCUUUCUCGUGCUAAGGAGCAUUUUACUGAGACUCCUGGUGAGGGACCCAUCCAAUCUGAGUCAGUCAAGAUGGUUCGUGAGCUCCAGCGCAAUGAAAACGCUUUGCGCACUCAGAUUCGGAAAUUCAAGUUUAGCACUGUGGGCUCAGGUGGAGAUGACUCGGACUCUGACCUGGAUGCAUAUCCCCGUGAGGCGGACCCCGUGGACACAGCUUCGGAAAGUGACGAGGUAACUUCUGACGACGAGUCUUCUGGCGUCGCCAUGCGCGAGGCAUUGGAACGCCUUACUGACGAGGUUGGCUCCAAGGUCUACUGUGAUGAGGUGACAACCGACACUCUAUUCAACGACUUUGCGAAGCUCCCUGAUGACAAGUUCAACCUCGACUGGACUGAGGACGACCUUGCGGAAUUGCGUGCAACGUGCUUUCAGAAUUUCACGGACGCAUAUGACGAGCCCGUUGAGGAGGUUGCAAUUCCCGACCUAGAGAAUGAGAAGGUCGCUCGUAUAGAGGAGGCUGAGCAGAAGCGCUUGUACAAUGAAGCGCUUGCGUUGUCUACUAAUGGCAAUGUUGGCCAGUUUGUACGUAUCGCUGUAAGUGGGCUACCUGAGGAUUUUUUCCAGCACCGAUCUGAUAAUCGGGGCCACCCUAUUAUCAUUGGUGGUUUACAAUCUGGCGAGCAAUCUACCGGUUACUUACAGUUGAAACUACGCAAGCACCGGUGGGCGCCUCGUAUUUUGAAGACUAAUGACCCACUACUGUUUUCGAUUGGUUGGCGUCGAUUCCAGUCAUUACCAGUAUAUUGCAUGGACGAGCGCAACAACACCAGGAUAAAGAUGCUCAAGUACACUCCUGAGCAUAUGCACUGCAUUGCUAAUAUAUAUGCUCCCCUAGCAGCUCCCAGUCUCGGUGUCGUUGCUGUGAAGGACUGGUCUCGUGUUCCUCACUAUCGCAUUUCCGCUACUGGCGUGGUUGUUGGCACCAACCAGGACUUUUCGAUAAAGAAGAAGUUGAAGGUCCAGGGCUACCCCUACAAGAUUCUUAAGCAUACAGCGUUUAUCAAGGACAUGUUCACCUCUGAACUAGAGGUUAUAAAGUGCUUGGGCUCCCGUUUGGUCACGGCAUCUGGAAUCCGUGGUGAGAUAAAGAAACCUGUUGGUAAGAAUGGUGCAUUUAGGGCUACUUUCGAGGAUAAGAUAUUAAUGUCAGACAUUGUGUUGCUCAAGGCGUUUGUCUCAGUACCUACUCGUCAGUUUUUCAACCCUAUGGUUGAUUGGUCAUCGUUCCGUCGUGUUCGUACUAUUGCUGAACUGCGUACUGAUAUUGGUAUUAAUCCGGAUUCAGUCUAUGAGCCAAAAGAACUGCUUAAACGUCCUGAACGCAAGUUCAAUCCCAUUAAAGUCCCCAAGAAGAUUAUUGACAACCUUCCAUUUAGCUCUAGGCCUAAGGUCUACGAGCAGGAAGACUCCGGUAUUACCUUGGGCCACUCUGAGUACGAGCGCUCAGUUGCCAAUGUGAUGCAGCGCCUGCUGACAAUUCGUAAGAGUCGUUUGGAGAAGCGUGCUUCUGAGCGCCAGUUACAUAAGGCCAAGCUGCGCCUGGAGGAAGAGCGUCAAGCAGCUGCUUCUAAGGAGCGUACUAAGGGCAUUCGCAAGCUACGUUACAUCAAGCAGGGCAAGACCGAGGCUGCUAAGCGUGCUAAGAUGUGUCUAGACUAAGUAUUAAAUAUCUCCACAUU